GUGGGCCCCUUUUGUGUGAGGGGAAAUGGCGGGAAAGGAGGCGGCGGCGGCUUCUUCGCCUUCUUCUUCUUUCCGGAGCGGCGUGGCGUCCGAGGAGAAGGCGGGAGCCCGGCCGAAGCAGAGAGGGGGAAGAAUCGUGCCCUCGCGAUACCUGGACUAUCAAAAAGGAUCUGGAAAGGCCUCUGCCAAAGCCACAGGUGACCCUCAUGAGGUUUUGCAGUCUACUCUGGUGGAGAGCCAUGGAAGAUCCCGCCCCGAACUGGAGGUCUCUGUCAUCAAAAGCAAAAGCUGCCCCAGAGCGUCGAGUUCAAAACACCACCUAAAAGCCACCUCCCGAGAAAAGCCGAGCCCGGUCUCUCCUGAUUCUGACGACCUGAUUAGGAUGCUGGAAUCAGAGACACUUCUGUUGACCUAUGCCUCCCUGAAGAUGGAGAAGAAUACCGCCUUCCUGGAACGGCACGCCGAGAGGAGCCUGUUAACCCUCAGCAGGGAGACUGCGAGGCUGCAGGCGGACGCCCAGAAGAAACGGCGCAGGCUGCAGCGCCUAAGGAAGGACCGCCAGCUCUCCGAGUCGCUGGACAGACAGCUCGAAGCGCUUGUUCCCGUUUUUGAGCAGAGCCCGGCCUUCGAAGAGGAAUACAGGCACUUUGCCACAGCCCUGGACACAGUGAGGCACGAGCUGCCAGUGAAUGAGAUCUACCUGGGCAGGGACAAGAGCCAGUAUCUAGACGACUUGCAGAGGGCCUUGGCCGCCACCCAGGAAGCUUUGCGCAGAGCCCUGCCAGAGCACGCCAAGGAAAAUGCCAAGGGCCUGAGCAUCACGAAGGAGCUGGAGGAGGUGUCCUUGGAGGUAGCUGCCGAGCUGCCAAGGACCUUUGUGCACGGACUGGACUUGUCGGCCGACGUUGGCAAAGAGGCCUCCCUGCGCUGCCAGAAGGUCUUUGAAGACACCCAAGGGGUCGAGAGGAUGAAGCAGCUCUACUUUGGUUAGGCCCAAACCCCCAGGCUUGCCCCCCUCCAGGCCUCUCAUCCCGAAUCCAACAGCAAGGGGUCGGCAGCUGAAGCCCCCCUCUCUGCUAAGCUGCUUGCAUUUUUGUAUUAAAUUGAAUUUUUGUAUUAAAGCACUUCUUCAGUCUUUCACUGCAAAGUCUGGCUGCAACAGUGUCUUCUUUUGGCCUGUUUUCUUUCUUUCUUUUUCUUUCUUUCUUUCUUUCUUUCUUUCUUUCUUUCUUUCUUUCUUUCUUUCUUUCUUUCUUUCUUUCUUUCCCAUCUGGAUGGGUUUCCGCAGCCACUCUGGGCGGCUUCCAACAGAAUAUUAAAAACACAAUAAAACACCAAACAUUUUAAAAAAACUUCCUUAAACAGGGUUGCCUUCAGAUACCUUCUAAAAGUCAGGUAGUUGUUAAUUUCUUUGACAUCUGAUGGGAUUUGAAGAUUGAAAAAAUACUGGUUCAUAUAAUAUUAAAUAGUUGACUCUGAAGGCGUGAAUAGUAUAUUUAGCUACAGUACAGAGAGCCAGAAAUCCUUUUAUUCCAACUUUCCCGUUUUCCUCUGCUUUCUCUUUCUUUAGGUUUUCAUUUUUCUUGUCGUUUCUCUGCUUUUCUUCUUCUUUAGACUUUAUUAUUAUUAUUUAUUGAAUUUACACACCUAAAGUAGCAGUUUGUAACUCGAGAGGCAGUUUUACACCUGCAUAUUAUUUUAAAAAUUUUUUUUUAAAAAAAAUUGAUUUAAAAAUUGAUUUGUUGAUUUAAUAUGCUGUAAACUGCUUUGAGAUCUUUCUUAAAAAUAUAAAGCGGUAUAAAAAUUUAAAAUAAAA